AUGCUACUUAGAUCCACUUUUUCAAGAAUCCACAAAUAUGAAUUCUUUAACAAUUUCGGCAGUCUUGCGAAGGUAAAUUCAUUACUUUUGGACUCAGAAACUGCAAUUUCUCCGUCAAAAUUGAAACCCUUUUCAUCGGAGGAUAAGUCAUUAGAAAAAGUGAAUCUUAUAUCCUAUUUGAUAAAUUCCUGUGGGUUAUCUCCAGAGAAGGCUAUUUCUACUUCCAAAAAAGUGCAUUUCGACAGCCCAGAAAGACCAGAUGCUGUUCUUGAUUUUCUUACAAAACAUGGAUUUAGCAAAUCGCAAAUUGCCGAGCUUGUGCGGAAACGCCCUUUGCUUCUUUUAUCCGAUCCUGAGAAGACCCUUUUGCCCAAGAUUGAGUUUUUCUUGCAGUCGACUGGAGUUUCGAAAGCCGACCUUUUCAGAACCAUUUCAAGAGACCCUACGUUCUUGACAAGAAGUGUGGAGAAUCAACUUAUACCAAUUUAUAAUUACCUCAAGGAUAUAAUCGGAGAUGAAAAGGUCGUGACUCUUUUGAGACGCGGUUCGUGGGUUUUUCAUCGGGCAAUUACAAAGAGACUUGUGCCGAAUGUGGACUUUUUGCGGGCACUUGGAGUUCCUAGUUCGUUUAUUGCAUUAGUGUUGUCUAAUUUUCCAGAGGCCGUCGCUCAAAAACAUGACCAGCUCAAAGAAAUGGUUGCAGAGGUGAAGGAAAUGGGAUUUGAUCCAUUGAAAUCAACGUUUGUAUUGGCAUUACAUGCUCGUUCAGGGGAGGGUAAUAGGGCUUUAUGGGAAAAUUGCUAUGAAACUUAUAGGAAAUGGGGUUGGUCGAAGGAUGAUAUUUACAUGGCAUUUAAAAAACAUCCUCAUUGUAUGCUUUUGUCCGAAAAGAAAAUCUCUGGAGUUUUGAGUUUCCUAGUUACUAAGAUGGGUUGUGAGUCCAGAAUGAUUGCGCAUAAUCCACAUCUUCUCUUCUACAGUUUGGAGAAGAGGAUUAUCCCCAGAUGCUCUGUCAUUCGCCUUUUGUUCUUGAAGGGUUUAGUUAGGAAAGAUAAGAGCUUGAACACUAUAUUGUGUCCUGCAGAGAAAUAUUUCUUGGACACGUUUGUGACUAAGUAUGCUGAGGCAUUACCUCAACUUUUCGAUAUUUAUAAAGGGAAGGCAGUGGUUCCGGAAGAAUAA